GGCCAGGGCGGACCAUAUCUAAAGUUCAAGCAAAUAUGAUCAAAAGAUAGGCGUCAAUGCGUGCAUGCAGUGUAGCCUACUUAUUCUCCUCGAUCGACUGAUUUGCUCUUUCUAUUAGGGUCAACGACAAAAUAUUAGCCAGGCUACUUUAUAAUAUGGAAGUUUUCAAAUACCCUGUUUUCUUCGAGUGCCAGACUCUGGACACGUCACAGAAAAAUAGGAUAAAAAAGUACUUUGAAGUUCGUCGCAAAUCUGGUGGCGGAAUUUGUGGACCAGUAGAAUCAGUUGGUGACAAAGUCUACAAGAUCGCAUUUAUUGACCAGACAGUCCAGGAGAGGGUACUUCAGAAACCUAAUCAUGUGUUGGUGUUGCCUGGGGGACCUCUCUCCCUCACUCUGAGAGACAGCCUGGAGACUCCACCCACAACAAGCUCCCCAGUCAGCAGUCAGGAGAGUCACCACUCCCUCCCGGUCGAAACAUCUCCACCUGGUGGUCGAGAACAUGUACUCCAUCGUCUGAGCACAGGGAAGCAGGAGAAGAUCAGCACCACCUGUCAUCUGGGACAGGUCCAGCUCCGUCUUCUAGGCAAAGUGAUAGAGAAGGAUCUAGGUGAGGUUGUUCCAGGGGUGAGGGUGACAUGCCUUGACUCAGCUCAGCUGGUGCUGCACGGCUAUGCAAAUGAAGUCCAGACAGCCAGACAGUUGGUUACAGAUAAAAUCUCUCUGGUGCUGGAGCGUGUGGUGCCUGAGGUGUCCCUCCACCUCCUGUCCUUCCUGAGGGAGAAGUAUGGGAGGCCUGGGAACCUGAGCAGUCUGCUGGGGUUGGGACUCCAUGUGGAGGUAGAGCUGGGGGACACAGAGCUCCAUCUGUUCUCCCUCUCCUCUGGGGAAUUGGACCAGGCUGAGAAAGAUCUACUGGGGGAGUUUGGGGAGGAGAAGAUUGACGUGCUCAAAGGUGCCCUCUCGGCUGAACUGAAGUCUAAGCUUGAGACGAAGGUGAAGGAGCUGAACCAGAGCAGAUGCAGGGUGGUAGCCAGGUACGGUCCUGGGUGUAGAGUGCAGCUGCUGGGCCACGUGAAGGAGGUUCAGGAGCUGAGGGAGGAGAUUGGGGCCUUUCUGAUGGACAGGUCCAGUGUGAGAGUCGUGAGACACCAUCAACAGAUUCAGGAUGGCGUAGUCAGCGAAGCAGGCACCGGAUCAAUACAGGAGGAGACGGUCGCAGCCACCAGCUAUCGCCUCCGGCUGGGAGUGCAGGUAGUGGUGCGUCAAGGUGACAUCACCAAGGAACGGGCGGACGCCCUGGUAAAUGCAGCCAAUGAGGACCUGGAUCAUGCUGUGGGCGUGGCUGCAGCUCUGAGCCGAGCGGGGGGGCCUGAGGUACAGCAGGCCAGCAGAGAUCUGGUUAGGCAGAUAGGGAGAGUACCCACAGGUACAGUGGUAGAGACUACAGGAGGGAAUCUGCCUUGUAAGAUGCUGCUGCACGCAGUGGGACCAGUAGGGGGCAGCGUAGGUGGGAAUGAGCGUCCUCUGCUGGAGAAGACAGUAAAGGCAGCUCUGGAUCUGGCAGAGACCAUGGAACUCCAGACCUUGGCCAUGCCCUGCAUCAGCUCGGGGAUAUUCGGUGUUCCUCUGAAGGUGUGCUCUGAGGCCAUAGUCUCUGCAGUGAGGGACUUUGGGAGGGAACAGCGCAUCCUUACCAAGGUCACUCUGAUUGAUAUGAGUGGAGAGGCAGUGAGAGCCAUGCAGGAGGCCUGUGAUAGGCUGUUACAGGGGAAGAGGGAGUUUUCUGGGUGGGAGGUAGAGUCCAGCACCACCACUACCACUACACAUGCUCCUCAGAGAGACACCACUGCUGCCUCCGCCAGGGGACCAGCCGCUCCAGAGGUCUGUGUCCAGGUGGAGAUCAUCCAGGGAACCAUAGAGAAACAGCAGGUGGAUGCCCUGGUGUCCCCCAUGGUUGGUAGUGACCCUCUCUCCUCCCGUGUUGGUAAUGUCUUGUCUGAGGCAGCUGGACCGGCGCUGAUGACAGCAUUUCUGAGGAAAUCAGGGGGACGGACUGCACCUGGUGACAACGUCCUGGUGGAGAGACUGUCUGGUCUCAGCUCUGGCCGUGUCUUCUUCCUCAGAUGUGCACACUGGGACAACAACCCUCAAGGACCAGCAGUACAGGCUCUGAGGCAGGGUGUGAGGAAAAUUCUGACGUCUUGUGAGAACCGGGGCUUCCGUUCUGUUGCCUUCCCUGUAGUUGGAACUGGUGUGGUUCUCCAGUUCCCUGACAACGUGGUAACACAGGUUCUGCUAGAAGAGAUCCGUAGGUAUGAGCAGAACCGAGCGAGCAGAACCCCUUUCCUUGUCCGCAUUGUCGUCCAUCCCAAUGACAGAGAUUCUACCAAGGCUUUUCAGACUGCCCAGAAUGCUUUGCUUCUCAGAGGGUUCGUAUUAGGCACUCGACCAGAGCAAGACAUCAGGAUUGUGCUGCUGGGGAAAACCGGAGGAGGUAAAAGCAGUGCUGGAAACACCAUCUUCGGACAAGAUGAUGUGUUCCUCUCAGACAGUUCCUCCACCUCCGCAACACAGAUAUGUGAAGCUCAUACCAAGAACAUCAAAGGCAGAAACAUCACCGUGAUUGACACACCUGGAUUCUUUGACACUGACAUCCCUGAAGAGGAGCUGAAACAUAAAAUAGGUAAAUGCAUAACAGAGUGUGCUCCAGGACCACAUGCCUUUCUCAUUGUACUGAAAGUUGAACGGUACACAGUCCACGAGAACGAAGCCGUGGCGAAAAUCGAGACUUAUUUUUCACCAGAGGCCUUCAAAUAUGCCACAGUCCUCUUCACUCAUGGUGACCAGCUCAAUGGUUUGACCAUUGAGAAGUUUGUCCAACAGAAUGCUGAACUGAACAAGCUUGUGGAGAAAUGUGGAGGCCGCUGUCACGUGAUCGACAACAAAUACUGGAACACCAAUCAGCAGGGUCGGUACAGCAACCAGUACCAAGUAGCAGAGUUACUCAACACCAUAGAGAAGAUGGUGAGAGAUAACGGAGGAGGGUUCUACACCAACGAGAUGCUCCAAGAGGCAGAGAGAUUAAUACAAGCAGAGAUAGAGAGUCUUAGGAAGGAGUUAAAAGGCCAGAUGUCAGAGGAAGAGAUGAGAAAACAAGCCAAGGAAAGAGCGAGGAGGAAACUCCUGAUCAAAUUGUCGGGGAUAGCAACAGGUGCAGUGGUAGGAGCUCUACUUGGGGUUGCAAUGGGGAUAGGGAUCCCACUUCCAUUCGCUACAAAACCACUGGUUAAUUUAGUCAAACGUCAGAUGGAAGCUUCAAUGACAUUAGGGCCAGCAGUCGUGACAAAGGCAGUACUUGCAGCAAAGAAUGGGGCGACCAUGGGAGUGAAUUCAAAAAUAGGUGCAGGGGUAGGCAUAGCUGCAGGAGUUGUCGUUGGGAUGGCCGCAACAGCAGGAGCAGUAGGAGGAGGGAUAGUAGGAGCUACUGCAGCAGAGGAGGCAGAGACAGUACAGGAGGCAGCAGAGAAAGCAGCCAGUGCUGUCUACCAUGAAGCAACACGUCUUCAUGACCAAGCAGGACACCUUCUGCUAAGGUACAGUAACUCUAAGUAGAUGAGAUAUUAUUAUUAUAUAUAUUUUUUACCUUUAUUUAACUAGGCAAGUCAGUUAAGAACAAAUUCUUAUUUUCAAA